UAAUAUUAGAAUAUAAUGAGGUGCUGUUGCCACUACAUAAUGAAAAUUUAUUACAUACUAAUUCUUAUCAAUGUUGUUUCAUGUAAGAGACCAAUAGAUAUAAUACGACAACAUUUAGCUAGUACCCAGUUACCUAUCAUAGAAUCGUUACAUAUAAGUACUACAGUCAAUAAUAGAUUUGCGGAGACUGAAGUGAAAAGUGUUGUUGUCAAUAAAUAUUAUGCGGAGAAACAGGCGACUUUUUCCGUUAUAUUGCCGGAAUCAGCUUUUGUAACUAGUUUUGUGAUGGAAGUGAAUGGAGAUGUGUAUAAAUCCAAAGUGGUGGACAAACAAAUAGCAAACACUCAGUACACACAGUCUCACCCGUAUCUAGGGGCACAAGUUAGCACAAGAGAUUCGAACGAGUUCGACAUAACAGUCAAGCUAAAACCAAGAACGUCAGCAGUAUUUAAAUUAUCUUACGAGGAACUACUAGAACUAAAGAACUCUAAAUAUGAAAUAAUAUCAAAUAUAUUUCCGAAACAAUUUGUAGAGGACUUGGAAGUUGAUAUCGUUAUUAAAGAAGACGAAGGCAUUUCGUAUAUAAAUACACCAUAUUUUAGAUCUGGAAAUGAAAUAUACAACAGCUCUGGAGUAGACUCGGGUGCGAAUAUAACGAUUCUAACAAAAAAUUCUGGACAUAUUAAAUUACGUGCGGGAAUAAUGAAACAAGUCGAAUUAGCGUGCAACGGACUCAGGACCGCUGAUAGUUUUGCAGGACAAUUCGUUGUAGAAUAUGAUAUUGUUAGAUCAGCACAAGCGGGGAUAUUGGCCGACGAUUAUUAUUUUAUAACAUUUUUCUCUCCAACAAACUUGGCCCCUCUUCGGAAACACAUUAUAUUUAUAUUGGAUGUCAGUUGGAGUAUGGGACAAGAAAAUAGACUGACACAUUUAAAAGAUGCAAUGGAAAUUAUAUUACCGAUGAUAUCUACUGAAGACAUAUUUCAUAUUAUUUCUUAUGCUAGAAGAGUGACUGUAUGGAAUAUAGAAGAUAAAUCAACCAAAGCAUUUGAAUAUUCGGGGGAUAACUACAACAAUGGAUUAAUACCUUCUCUUCAAGCUACCACUUUACCCGAAGGAGUAAGUGGAACUGCGGAGAAUAUAAACAAGGGAAUAGACAUUAUAAAGAGUUUUACAAAUGGUGAUAAUACAAAUAUUAUUGGUGCUCUAACAGUUGGGUUACAUUUAAUUAGCAAAGCGAACGAAAAAUAUUUGGAUAAAUUUCAACCAAUUGUGGUUUUUCUUACCGAUGGAUUACCUGUAGGAGCUAUGUCUGAUACUGAAAGAAUUGUUUCAAUUUAUACACAACAAAAUACACUAGAAGUUCCAACUUAUACUAUUUCACUAGGAAAUGGAGCAAAUAGAACUUUUCUGGAAAAACUUGCAGUGAGUAAUGGGGGAUACGAAAAACAUAUUUAUGAAGGCGUAGAUAAAGCGAUGCAGUUGUCUGGAUUUUAUAAAGAUAUUUCUACACCAGUUCUAAAAAAAAUUAAUUUUCCCAACCUCAGUGGACUCAGUGGCAUAACAAAGGCCAAUUUUCCCUUAUUUUUUAAGGGAUCCGAAAUUAAAAUUGCAGGAAAAGGUGCCAUUUGGAAAUUGACGAAGAAUAAAUCAAAUUUCACAAUAUCUGGUAAAGGCAACAAUGGCACAAUAACAUAUAAACCUUCCAUGAAAAUUCCGUCCACAAAACUGGAUCGUCUUUGGGCUUAUCUUACUGUUAAGCAAUUGCUCAAAUCUCGUCUUGUGUCUAAUAACCCAGAUAUAACUCAGCAAGCAAUUAAUAUUUCACUCACAUAUUCACUUGUGACAGACGUUACAGCCUUGAUUGUUAGAGAACCAUCUGGACCAGAAAGUUCAAUAGACAUAAGGACUGCAUUUAGUGGACCUAGACCGACAGUUGCGCAAAAUCCAAUGUGCCGUAAAAUAACAUGGCCUACGCCUUCUAAUAUUCCAAAAAGUAAAACGUUUUUUACUACAACGCCCAAGACAACUACUACAACAGUAUCUACAACUAAAUCAACAACUAAAACAACCACAACGCCUACAACAACAACAACAACAACAACAACAACAACAACAACUUCAACCACACCCACGCCAGUAACAACCACUGUAAUUCCAACGACUACUAAAAAGGCUGAUACUCCUACGUUCCCUCCGACUGAUCCUCCAACUAAUCCCCCAACUGCAGCUCCAGUUACCACUACUAGUCAACAAACUAUUAUAACAACACCUACAACAACGACGCCAAGAACAACAUCAGCACCAAUUACUACAACACCGAUCACCACAACUACUCCAAAGGAAGAUAUAAAUCACAAGCCAUUGGACUGUCAUUUUCCAACUGCGGCUGGGCCAUGCGAUAAAUUCACUGUGAAGUGGACUUACAAUCUUUUAAGCGGUGAAUGUGAAAAAUUCCUUUAUGGUGGUUGCUACGGUAAUGACAACAGGUUUAACUCGAAAGAAGCCUGUGAAAAGACCUGCGUUAAGAUGGACGCUUUUGAUAAGUGCACUAUUCCACCUUCAAGUGGUAUAUUCUGUGGAAACAGUAAAGUAGAAACGGUGUGGUAUUACGAUGAAAAAUUAAAAAAAUGCAACACAAUGUUUUAUAAGGGAUGUGGGGGUAACCCGAACAAAUUUAAAUCUAAAAAUGAGUGUGAAAUGGAAUGCAUUUUGAAUAUAACAAAGUCUGAUGAUGAAUGUAAAAUUACCCCGGACAUCGGCAACACAUGUCAAGGAAAACCUAAACGAAGAUAUUAUUAUAUAGGUGAUAAGUGUACAGCUAAAAUAUACUAUGGGUGUGACGAUAAGAAGAAAGGAUUUGAAUCCAUUGAUAAGUGUCGUAUGGCUUGUGUACACACAGAACAAUGUGGAUUAAGUGCAGAUCCAGGACACUGCCGCAAUCAUAGUGUAAAAUAUUAUUACGAUAAAGUUCAAGGAAGAUGUUCAGCAUUCUGGUACGGGGGAUGUGGAGGAAAUGGAAAUCGUUUUGAGACAAUAGAAGAAUGUGAAGACAAGUGUCAAAAUGUUAUGUCUAUAGAAAAAUGUAAACUUCCAAAAUCUAAAGGACCCUGUACAAGUUUCGUAUCCAGAUGGUAUUUCGAUAUUUCAGAAAAUGAAUGUAAACCUUUUGAUUAUGGUGGCUGCUUUGGGAACACAAACCGCUUUAUUUCCAAAGAUGCCUGUCAAAAUGAAUGUCAAGUACAAAUGAACUAAAACAUACUGAUUAAACUACUUAUACUUAUAAUAAUAUUUAUAUUUAUAAUAAUUUAAAUAAAAUAAAACAAAG